GCACAACCCACGGAACCCAUCACCACCACCGCCACAGCCGCUCAAAACACCGCCCACCAUGCAUCUCAUGUACACCCUCGACUCCGAAGGCAAGCGCGUCUAUACUUUGAAGAAGGUCGUCGGCAGCGAAGUCACCAAAUCUGCACAUCCGGCCAGGUUCUCGCCUGAUGACAAGUAUUCGCGACACAGAGUCACUUUGAAGAAGAGAUACGGUCUGCUGUUGACCCAGCAGAAGGAUAAGGUGGUGCUUGGACAGUAAAUCAUCUUCCGGAAAGAAAUACAUAUGGGCUUAGCGAGGCGUUUGAGGGCGUGUUUUGGGGGAUGUAGAAGAUGAGCUGGGUGAUUGUUUUGCUGGCAGGAAGUGAUCAUCUUACUGAUAGAAGAGAUGGAAGACAAUGGGACACCUUUUCGAGAUUUUCGUCCCUUUGACGUCGGAAUGUUGAUCGCCACGUGGGUGGUACUUGAUCGCACCUACCUAUUCGGAAAUGUUCUAUCUGAGGUAUGCUGGCUGAAUGCAGCAUUCUUUUGGCAUUCACUGUCUCAGCUCACUUCACUGCUCACUUAUGUAUGAGACAUCACGAUCAGCGUGUUACUCACUUGUUCAGGCACUUUCAACACAAACUCCAAUCAAACGACUUCCAG